GUUAUCAUCAUCCAAAACGCAAGGCAGCCACCACGCCGUAUCUGCUUUUCCGUCGACAGCCGCGCCAGAGGUGACAAGCUAGCUCAGGCCAGCUUUCCGCAGGCCAAUGUCAGCUGUACUUACGACGAAUUGUAAGCACACAACUAGUCAUGUGUGCCAUCCAAAUGCGGCAGGGCGUGACGAAAAUUUAAAUGGCGCAAUUGGGCCUGGAACCUGCGCGAGACGCGGUUUGGCCAUAAGAGCACAGAAAUGGCCGUCAAGUAGCACUAAUUGUUAUAUCUCAGUGUCGCUUGCCUUUUUGUAAGCGUGCCAGUCCCUGUAAGCCUAUUUUGGGGCCUGACCGAGCGUUUCCACCACCAUGGCUUUUGCUCUCAAGUCCUCCGUGGCUCUGCCCAAGCGGGCUGGCGCUCGCGCUGCCUCCCGCCAGGUGCUGCGUGCUCCUGCCCGCAAGCUGGUGAUCCGCGCUUCGGCCGAGCCCUCCACCCCCGCCUCCAACGAGGCCCUGGAGAAGAUCCAGUCCACCGCCAACGAGGCCUGGACCUGGGUCAAGGACAAGUGGGCCACCACCGAGGAUAGCGAGAAGCCCGCCGUGGUGGGCAUCAUCGCCGGCGUCAUCGUUGCACAGAUCGCCAUCGGCGCCACCAUUGACGUGGUGGACCGCAUCCCCAUCGUGAACAAGCUGCUGCAGCUGGUGGGUCUGGCCGUCACCGCCGUGUUCAUCUACAAGAUCACCACCGACCCCGAGGAGCGCACCACCGUCAAGUCCUCCAUCACCGGCUUCCUGAAGGAGGUCACCGGCGACGACAAGUAGAGGCCACGUCGGCCUGCCGGGCCAGCAGGAGGACCUGGUGGUGGCGGCGUGGGCAGAUGGGUGGUAGCACCAGGGGAGAUGCCCUCUCCUGGGUAGCACCGCCCCCGCUGCCAGCCCCGACACCUGUGCUAGCCCGAGCGCGCACGGCACAGCCGCCCAUGCCCAUCGUUGUUGGCGGCGGCUGGCGGGCAUGUUGUACCUUUAAAAACAGUUUGUAAAGCGGCGCGCCGCUGCAGCGCAUUGCUGCGCGGCAUGUUUGUAUGUUGGGUCAUAGUGGUGCCGUAUGUUGCAGGUGUAGAGGUUUGAGUACAGUAAUGGUGUUAAGCUCGUGCCCAGUGAUGGGGACGCACAGCACAGAAGCGGGCUGGGCAUGGGGGCUAGACCUCUCCUGCCAGGCGCCGCGCCGGGGCCCCUCCCCUUCCUGGCCUGGAUGCUGCUGAUGUGGUUGCUGAUGAUGGAGCGCUGUGAGUCGCCUCGAGUAUUACUAGCCGCGCGGCGAGAAGAAAACCCUCAGAUGUUAUUGAUUGAAUGGGAACAGCACUUGGACAUGACGCUGGCGAUUGAUGAAACAAUAACACAGUACGUAUGGAUGGCGCGGUGCCGGGCCGCAAGCAAUGUAGGCGGCGGAUGAGACACACAAGAGGUACAUCCUGCAAAUGAUGGCGGCCACAUGGAGCUGUAAGGACGUGAUGAU